AAAGAUUUCCCAUAAUUCAAUGCGGCAAUGGCGACCUAUGGGACUGCUGUUCGUCUUUGUCCAAAACAGCCAAUAAAACACCAAGAAUAGGUUUCUGCCUGGAUGGAAGUAAUCUGAAAAUGACUAGCAAACAUGAAGAUCAGUGGCACCAAGACCUGAUGACAAAAGGGGGUUUCCAUCAGGUGUAUGACAAUGACAUCCCAUCAAGGGCAAGGCUGACCUGUCCCCCAGGUCUGAGUAUAAAGGCUGUUAAGGACCAUGAAGGCAGACCCACUUUUGGUGUGUUUGCCAAGAAGAUAGUACAGGUUAGAACAAGAUUUGGUCCCAUUUUAGCUCCAACCAAAAACCGCUGUAGGUCUCAACCCAUCCCCCCUCCUCAAGAUGAAAAUGUUGAUGUCCAUCAAGAAAAUCUACAGACUAAUCAACUUCCGAGUGACUUGCCUCCCAAUUCUUUGCACAGUCAGAUAUCUAUAGACCAACAUGGGGACAAGUCCCAGAUGUCAUCAAAUGACCAGAUACUGCAAAGUGUCAAAUGCAGCAUUCAGGAGGUUGCCAUUGACAGAAAUAAUGUGGAACACCAGGAUAUUGUUCAGCAGGCCCUGGGCAUCGUUAAGCUGGCAGACGAUCAGCACGGUCCCGGUCCGUACGGAGAUGUGACGACCACACUGUCCGACACCAUCCAUCUAGCUACAUCACUAGCCAGUGAAUCAAUGGCUGGUGCCGGCCAGUUUGGAACAGCGCAGAUUGGGGAUGACCUGGGUUUGACUGUUCCUAUAGAAUCUACAAUGAGUCCAAGUGUGACUGAGGGGCUGACAUUAACAGUUACACAGGCCCAGAGUUUGUUGGCUCAUAUGGACACCUCUAGUUUCACAUCUGUAACCAGUAGUGGCUCUUUGAUAUCAAAUCAACAAGACAUUUUAAAUAGUGUUGUGACUGAACCUCAAAUGUUGACACAAAAUUCUGAAGCUCAUGUUGUUGGUGUUGUGAAAAAUGCCUUUCAAGGGGUUGUUAAUGAGAUGAUGAAUGAAGUCUCGCCUGUACCAGUCACGCCUAAAGAGGAAGAAUCAUUACAACCAGACCCUGCUGAUCAGCCCUUUACUCUCAAGGUUUUCUAUGAGGAUGGUUUUGAGGAGGAGCUGGACCUCUCUGAUGAAGACAAGUGUAACUGGAUGAUGUUUGUCAGGCCGGCCAGGACUGCUGCAGAACAAAAUGUGGUGGCCUGCCAGCAUCAAAACAAAAUCUUCUUUGUGUCUACCAAGCCUAUUCCCUCAAACACAGAGAUUAGGGUUUGGUAUGAACCAGAUUAUGCCAUACUGGUACAAAAAGAACUGCUGCCAGAAACUGAUGUCCCGACCAAUCCUGCUACAGGUUAUCCAUCUAAGUGGGCAUGUUCUGUGUGUCUGGAGGGAUUCAGUACAUUUAAUGAGCUGGAGGCUCAUGCCUGCGCUGGUGAACCCCCACCUGACAAACGACAGCUCAGGGGAAGGCCUCGCAAAGGGAGACCCAGAAAGUAUGUCAAGCCAUCCAAAACGUGGCGAGCUAGGCUGGAAAAAAGUAGAUUACCACCACGAAAACGAGGCAGGCCUCCAAAACUUAAAGGGAUGUUAACAGUUCCAAAACCACCAAAGGAAGUGAAAGUGCCCAUUGCAGAUCCACCAAAGAUAGAAGAAAACAACCUAGAAGAUGUUAUUGAUAAUCCCCCAGACCUAGUGGAUGAUGAUCCCAUGGACAAAGAUGACCAUGAAGUGUCUGCUCUGGAAUUGUUAGAUGAGGUUCUUGGAGAGGAGGAAGACGAUGAAGACGAGGAGGAUGACAUAGAUAUACCUAUCAUGCCUCGAAGACGAGGCAGAAAGAAGAGGGCUCCUGGUGCUCCAAAGAUUACACGCACUCCAAAACGGGAACCAAUGGCAUGUCCUCACUGUGAAGAAACAUUUACUAAAGAAGCAUUAUUUGUGAUACAUGUUUCCGAACACACAGGAGUUAAACCAUACAUCUGUGAAGUGCCUGAGUGUGCAAAAGGAUUCAUGUCCAAAUUCAAAUUAGAGAGGCAUAGACUCAUUCACACCUGUCCAAGAUCCCAUAAGUGUCUGUACUGUGACAAGUCAUUUAACAGAAAAGAUCAUUUGAAAAACCACAUGGUUACCCAUGACCCAAAUAAAAAGCGUUGGGUUUGUGAAGAGUGUGGAAAGGAAUACUGCUACAAUUUUUCAUAUCGCACACACAAAGCCUUUCAUGAUGCGGAUGCAGGUCGGACUACUGAGUGUGGCAUCUGUCACAAGCAUUACGAUUCAAAGGACGAGUUACUGUAUCAUUUGAAGGUUCACAGUGGUGCCAGAUCUGUUAAAAACUGUACUGAAAAAACUCAUGCGUGUGAGGAUUGUGGGAAAACAUUUUACACAAGGAAAGAUGUGAGACGUCAUAUGAUCACUCACACAAAGAAAAAAGACUUUCUGUGUCAGUAUUGUCCACAAAGAUUUGGAAGAAAAGAUCAUUUAACAAGACAUUUACGAUCAUCACACACUGGUGAUAACACCAACAAUCGACCUAAGGCACCAAGGGCAGAAAGGAAGGAAAAGCAACAGUACACCACUACAAAUGUCUCUAUGGUCGGUCUACAAAUCCCACGCGAUGAUCAGAAUAUCCUAGUCACAUCCCAGCCUGUUAACUAUCAACAGUUACAGCAAUUAUCAACAGCUUUUGCCUCAGAAAUACCAGUCCCACUUCACAUGUUUGAUAAUGCAGGUAACCAAACUGUGAUUGCAAUGCCCAGUAUGGGAACAAUACAAACACAGCAAACCCAGCAGCAACAGCAGCAGCAACAACAGCAACAACCUUUGCAAGUUGCAGCAAUACAGAAUGUGCAACAUGUUGCUAUUCAAAACCAAAUGCCAGUUUCGGAGAAUCGUUAUGUCGAAGCCAUAAUAAGACAUCAACCUCAACAGAACAUUGUGUCCUCAACUCCAACUGAGUAUAGAUCUCUAGAACACCAGCCAAACAUACAGACUUAUAUACCACUAGCAGCCCAGCAACAGCAGCAACCUCAACAACAGCAGCAACAGCCACAGCAACACCUGCAAAUAACAAAGACUGAAAAUAUUGACCUUAAUUCAAGGGCCAAUGGAGUUCUACAGACAGAGUAUGUGCAAACCACAGGGGCCAGAAAUGACCCUAAUUCACGCCCCACAGUUCUUCAGGCCACUGAAGUCAACAGGCAAGGAAAUCCUCCCGCUCAAACGUUUUCUACAUUGUUGGGCUACAUGGAGACUCUAAGAUUCUUGGAGAAUCUUCCUACAAAUGCCCAGGGAGCUGUUAUAUCUCAGAUGCAGAUGCAACAGGAUGGACAACACCUUCCUACCAUGGUGCCUAUUCAGACUAGUACUCUAGCGUAUUCUGUGGCAACAACUGCUACCCCUACUCAUCAAAUCAUUCCCGUGGAAAUGCAGACAAAGAGAAUGGCUGUUACCCAAACCCAACACAGUGCCUAUCAACAACAGGGGUCCUGAUACUUGGUCUAUGCAAAUAAUGUUCUCUGCCAGUCAUAUCUUCCAUUUUCCAACCCAAGGACCAUAACUCCUGCUGUGUAUCAAGCCAUGAUUCUUCCAUUCAGCUUUCUAACCAUGUUAUUGUUAGUGAUGUUAGGGACUGAUUAUUCAUGGUUUUGUUCUAACUUUUAUCUUAAUGAUCUAAUAUGUAAUUUAAUUUACAAGUGGUUUAUUCUGUAUUGCAUGUAUUUAUUUAUGAGCCAUUUGCUUUUUUUUUCUUUUUUUUUUUUUUUGGAAAGGUCUGAGACUAAUUUAUCAAAAUAAGAUAGUAUAUGUGCAAUUUGAAAACAAACUUAUUAACAAAAUCAAUCGCAAGAAAAUAGAAAUGUGAAUUUAUUUAUUUUGGAAAAUCAUGAUUUAAUUUUCUGCCAAAGAAGCAGUUUUGUGAUAUGCAUGAUUUUUUAAAAACAUUUUAAAGAGAAUUCGGUGAAUUUUUAAUGGCACUAGUUAUGUUCCACAAUUUUGCUGACUUUUUAUUUUUGUUGUUUUACACCUGAUCUGAUUCAAACCAUUUAUCAUUUUGUUGGUAUGUCAUAUGAUCCCAAUGAACUUUUAAAAAAAUGAAAUGUACGAAUUGAUUCCAAUGCUAUUCUCGAUAGCCAUAUAAUUGGCUGUUAGAAUUUUUUUAAAAAUCAGUUUGAAAAUGUUGAAACUAAUCAUAUGAUACGAGGGAUAGUUUUAGAUUGUAAAGCAUAGACAGUCAUAUGUUUGACUUCUAUUGAAGUAUUUCAUGUGUUUAAUUCCUUGUUUUGAAUUUAUCCCUACAUUUUUUUUUGGUGAAAGGGGUGUAAUAAAUUGACCAGAGCAUUCGUCUGGUAUGUAAAAGAUAAAAAGUCAUGUGACCUGUUUCAUAAUUUUUUUUUAUUAGAGAUGAUCUAGAAUAUCAAAUUAUAAUGAGUGACCCAUUAAUGAAUAUUGUUGAUGCAUUUAAUAGCAAAUGCUCGUCAUUAAAAAGAAAAUGCA